GUUUCCACAGCUGGGCCAUGUCAUCCCUGGUCCCCGAAGAAGCGCAACUUUGGAAGGCGAAAGUGCUUCCAUUCUUCGAUGAAUUUGCAUCCACAUGUUCCUCUUCCAGGAGGUCUCCGGGAUGCACCGCCGAGAGUUUCUUCGACACCAAGGCCUCCAAAACCUCAGAGACUUGGAACAGCGGCAACUCCAUGAAGACGGUUGGAACACCUUCAGGUAGCAAGGCAGCCGUGAAGCCGCCCAGUACCCCACAAGAGGUGGGCCAAUGGCUGUCCUCCCAUGAUGCCCUGCAGAGCGUCACAGGUGAUGCCAUGAAAUCCGCCUGCGGCUGGUCCUCUGGCUUCCGGAAAGAUCCCAUGAGCAUGGAGGAAGUGUUGAAUGUGCGCAUCUUGGAGCGUAGCAACGCGGCCUUCGCCAAGCGAAAGAAGGAGUCCACGGAGUCGGACGCCGGAAGCA